AUGCAGUCGUUGCACUAUAAUAGUGGUUCAAUUAAAUUAACUCGAGAACGAGCAACAAUGGUUUCUCGUUGGGAAGCAAAUGAAGUUGCAAGAUGGGUUAAAGGUCUUGCUGGUAUUCAAAGUGAUAUAGGUGAUUUAUUUAUUGAACAUAAGAUUGAUGGUAUUGCUUUAAGUCUUUUACUUCGUGAAGAUCUUAUUAAAAUGGGAAUUAUAAAACUUGAUCAACAAUUGAUUUUAAUGCAAUCAGUUGAUCUUCUUCUUACUCUUGCCAAUCGUUUAGGUAGCGAAACUCUUGCUCUACUUUUUAUGCGUAUUCAUUGUGCUGCCACAACAUGCUUUAAUUUAUUAAGAAGACCUGAAACUAAAGAAUCAAUCAAUGAUAAUAGUACUGUGAUAAAUUCCCCGGAAUUCCAUUUAUCAAUUAGUAAUUUAUCGGAAGUAAUUGUUACGGCUUGUCAUUGGCUUGGAAGAUUGCCAUUCAUUGAAAAUAUUAAAUAUAUUGAAUUACGUCGGAAAAUAAUUAAAGUUUUAGUUCAGAUACGUUUAUUAUUACGUAAUUUACGACUUACAGAUGAAAUUAAUAUGCCAAAAACGAAAUUAAUUAUAGAAAUAAAUGAAUUACGAACUACAGCUAUGUCUUUAAUUCAUCAAAAUAAAGAUUCAUUAUUUUCAUCCGAUUGUUAUUUAAUACGUGUUCAUUUACGGCGUCCACUUAAAGAUGAUGUGAAUAUUGAAUAUACUACAAUGCCUGAUUAUACUCAUGUUAUAUCAAGUAUUGAAACAGAAGCUAUGAGUUUUAUGGGCUCAGGUUUUAGUGCCAUUAAUAUUGGAGAUGAAAUUAUAGAAAUUAACAAUCAAGUUGUGGUUGGUUGGGAUCCAAAACAUUUUAAUGAAUUAGUUAGUACAUCAUCACAUUCCAAUGAAAUAUGUUUAUUAGUUAAAAAAAUGCCUCGACAUAAUGAUGAUGAAGUAUAUACAAAACGUUUGGCUGAUGGACCACAGAAUCCUCGUCGUGUACGUGCUCGUGGUGCUCUAGAGCGGCGAAAUCAACAAACAGAAGAAAAUCGAACUAUGCUGUUAGAACAAGAUGGGGAGAUUGAAAUUGAAAGUGAUGAUGAAACGUUAUAUCAAAGUAAACGUUCUUCACAAAUAAAACGUGAUCAACAUUCAUCAUUACCUGAUCUAACUGAAACACUUCCUAAUAAUAUUAAUACAUAUAAUAAUAAUAAUGAAAAUGCUGAUCAUACGGUGCCUUCAUCAGCCGUAUCAUCUAUAUCAACAACUACAUUAGUAUCACCGACGCCUUCAACGAAAUCAGAUUCAAAACAAAAAGAUAAUGAACCAUCACCAAAUGCUACACCAAAAAGUCCAAGAAAAUCGAUUUCAAUGUCUAUACCUUCGAAUAUCUAUUUUCAGGGUCUUGAAUCAUAUAUUGCAACAAUUUUUCGUGCUCGACAAGAUUCGAAAUCCGUCAUUGCUGAUACGAAUAAUCAUUCCAAUAAAGAUCAUCCACAAUUAGUAAAUAUUAAACGUAUUCAUUCCAUAAAAAAACAAUCUUCUACAAUAUCAUUAAAUGAUGAUCAAAUACCUAUAUCUCCAAGUCCAUUACCAUCGUCUUCAGUGACUAAAAGUAGUAGUCAAACAAGUUUACAAACUUCAUCAGCACGUUCAUCAUUUUCUAGUCUAUUUCGACUAUCCGAUACAUCGGAUAAAAAUCGUCGAAAACGAUCGAAUGAUGAUAGUGGAAAGAGUAUGACAUUCCGAAAUGAAAUGAAAAUGGAAAUUGCCUCAAUAUUUAGUAAUAAUUCCAAUACGUCCAGUAAACCACCAUUAAAUCAUAGUGAUAGUCGAAAAAGUUCCGGUUCUAUAGAACGACGUCGUUUAAAACGUACAUCAUCAUCUAAUAAAAUUUCAUGUAAAGAUUUGGGCAAAGGUGAUUGUGAAGGGUUUUUAAAUCGUUAUUUAUCCAAAGGAGGUUUAACUUUUGUACAAUGGAAAGUUUAUUGGUGUGUGUUAAAAGGUGGUACAUUGUAUGUAUAUAAAUCUAAAGAUGAUAGAACUCAAGAAAUUGAAAUAAAACUUGAAGGAAAAAGUGUUUCACCAGCACCGGAAAAAAGAAAAUAUGGUUUUUGUAUAGCCGAUGAAUAUGGUGAAAAUCGUGAAUAUUUUUAUUGUUUAACACGUGAUGAAAUGGCUAAAUGGAUGAAUAAAAUGGGUUUAGCAGCUAUUAAUUUCAAUAUUGAUGAUUCAAAAAUUGCUGGUUUUAAUAAAGGUUUUCUUAAUUCAUAUGAAGGUUCACCAGCAACAACGCCAAUUAUUGGUCCACAUAAACCAACAAAUACUAAACAUCAACGAACGAAUCAAAUAAAUUCAGCGGGUGAUAGUGGAAAUGAUUCGGAUAAAGAAUCAACUAUAUCAUGGCAAAAAUCUGUUUCACAUCAUAGUAGUAUUUCAGAUAUGGAAUCAUCGAAAGAUAAAAAUUUACUUGAUAAUAAUAAUCGACAUGAUAUAUUAACUGUUGUUCGUCAUGAACGAUCAUCAUCAGCAUCAAUACCAUUACCUGAAAGAAAUACUAGUCCAAUAAAAACAACAUCGAAUCAUAUGAGUAGUCAGAUGAGUAAAGGUCAUCAUCGAACAUGUAGUUCCCCGAUACGUUUUCCACCGGCUUAUGAAGAUGAUCAAGAAAGUGCAUACAUUAAUGCAGCAUCAUCAAGACUUACAGAUUCUGAUUCAUCAACUGAACAUCUUCAUCAACGAACAUUUGUUAAUAGUCAAAUUUUAAAUAAUUAUCAAGAUCAAGAACAUUUUCUAACUGCAAACAAUUAUACAUCAUUGAUGCUUAAUUCAUCCGGUGGUUUUUCUACUCCAACUCCUGCUUUAUCUUCCACAUCUAGUAAUAAAACACCAUCAUUCUCUCCAUCAUUAAGCAGAUUAUCGUCUCAACGACAAUCAAAUAAUAGUAUUUUUCUUCUUGGUGAUGACGAAUAUUCUUUACCAUCAUCACGAUCAGCAAGUUAUUCUCAAGAUAGACCGAAUUCUCUAUCAGAAGAUCCAUUAUCACCUGUUUUCGAAAUGAAUCGUUCAUCACCUCCAAUUAAUGUUCCACAACGACAAUCAUCAUCACAAUAUAAUUCACCUGCAGUUGUACAUACAGCUCCUUUACCUAUAACUACUUAUUCACCAAUUCCUUUUGUUAACCAUUCCAUAUCAUCAACAAAUGGUGAUGAUGAUGAAUCAUAUUUUGUACAUCGAUCACCACCAUCGUUAAAUAAAAAAUUUGAACAAUCGAAUAAUACAAUUAAAUUUCUUCCAGUUUCACCAAUGCAACAACAUUCAUCUAAUUUAAAUUUACAACAGCAAUCAACAUCAACAAUAAUGUAUAAAACUUAUCGUUUUCCAACAACACCAUCUGAAGAACAACAAAAAUUAUAA